CCAGCGGGUCCAACUCCUCCGGUCUGUGUGCCUUCCUCCUAACGGUGAUUUCUGUGAUAUUGAUUGUCGUGACGUUACCAUUCUCGAUGUUCCUCUGCAUCAAGGUGGUGCAAGAGUACGAGCGAGCCGUCAUCUUCCGCCUUGGUCGUCUGGUCAAGGGCGGCGCUAAAGGACCUGGCAUCUUUUUCAUUAUUCCAUGCAUUGACAGCUACUGCAAAGUUGACCUGCGAACAGUCUCAUUUGAUGUGCCACCUCAGGAGAUUCUCUCUCGCGACUCGGUCACCGUCUCUGUGGACGCCGUCGUCUACUUCCGCAUCAGCAACGCCACCGUGGCGGUGUCCAAUGUGGAGGACUACGGCAGAUCAACUCGUCUGCUGGCGGCGACCACCCUGCGAAACGUCCUCGGCACGAAGGACCUCUCACAGAUUCUCAGCGAACGAGAGUCGAUCUCGCAUGUGAUGCAGUCCAGUCUCGACGAGGCCACCGAUCCAUGGGGCGUCAAGGUCGAACGGGUGGAGAUCAAGGACGUCCGUCUGCCUGUGCAACUGCAGCGGGCCAUGGCCGCAGAGGCAGAGGCGGCUCGCGAGGCUCGCGCCAAGGUCAUUGCCGCAGAGGGUGAACAGAGAGCUUCGCGAGCACUGAAGGAGGCCGCCGAGGUGAUGUCGGGCAACUCUGCCGCUUUGCAGCUGCGCUACCUGCAGACGCUGAGCUCCAUUGCUGCGGAGAAGAACUCGACCAUCGUUUUCCCGAUUCCAAUGGAACUGUUCAAUGGAUUCAUUUCCAAGUCAUAA